AUUUAUCUUGAGAAUAGUAAAGACGGCCAAAAUGGCUGUUGUGUCAGACGUAGUACUUCAAAAAUUAAUUGAUUCCUGGAAAAAUUCCCGGUUCGAGGAACUACAGAAAGAAACAGAUGUAGCAGCCGAAGAAGUGGAAAAGACCCGAAAGGCUUCUUUGGAAGAAAGAAAAGAUCUUUCUUUAAAAACUAAAGAAUUCAAAAAACAAACAGAUGAAGUGAAAUUGGUAGAGAUGAAAACCCUUCUGAAACUAUAUCAAGGAGGAAUAGAUUCCCUCACAAAGCGUGCAAAGUAUGCAGAAUCCAUUUUUUUCCAUCUGUACGAAACCUUAGGAGAGUUUCCAGAUCCAUAUCCUUUAUUAGAGCAGGCAGCUGAGAUUGAUCAAAUCAAGCAAGAACUAGAAUCCAAGGAGAAAGAAGAAAAGGCUCUCAGAGAAGAAUUGAAACAAAAGGAGUCCUUAUCAACCGAGGUUCGAAGUUUGCAGCAAGAAUUGCAGAAAACAAAGAAUUCGGUUGGAGCAGAAAUACAGAAAAGGGUAUCGAAAUCCGUUGAGGAAUGUGAAAGAAAGUUCUCAGAAAAAGAAAGGUUGUUUAAGGAUUCUGAGCAAGAACAUGCUGAGACGAUUAACCAACUUAACAAAAAAGUUCGCGAAUUACAAGCUACACAAAUUGAUCAUACUCUGCAGUUUGGACAAUUAGAAGCCCCAACUGAAGAAGCUAUCACCAAAAGCUCGGAAUAUCAAAGUUUACUAAACGAACUUGAUGAAGCAAAUAGGACGGUUGGCUCUUUAGUGAGCGAAAAUGAAAGGUUGAAACAAAGCUCUGAUGAGUCAAAGCUUGAAAACGACAACUCCGACAAUAAUUUGAAAGAACAUCUUGAUUUCAUGGAAUUGAGAAAUCGCAGUCUUACUGCUGAGCUAGAGCAACUUCAUCAAUCCUCCCAAAAAGAGCUAGAAACUUUCCAAAAUACCCAGCUAGAUCUUGAGAAGCAACUUGAACAGAAACAGAAAACUAUUCAUAAUCAGCUUGAGACCCUGAAAAGCUAUUCGGACUACGAAGAAAUGAAAAGAGAACUAUCCGUAUUAAAACAAAUUGAAUUGAGCGCUGACUCACAGUCGAAUGAGUCAACUUCCCUGGAAGCCCAGAUCCUGAAACGCGAAAAAAAGCUAUCUAAUGAGCUUUCGAAGCUUAGAACCCAAGAAGCACACUUACAACAGAAGCUUGUCGAUGAAAAAACGCGUAGUCAAAAUUUGGUAAAAGACAAUCGUGAACAGAAAGAGGCUUUACAGAAACUGGAGCGUGAAUUGGCUUCCUUAAGUGCCGAAGGAAGCAUGUCCUAUGUGAAUAAUGGUUAUCGUGAAUCAAGCGGUCGCCUUUCCCCAACUUCUUCCAUUAUUGGAGGUAGUCCUAGUGUGUUUGGUGGGAGCACCAUGUCAAAAGUCACUGGUACAGAAAGUAGUUCUACGAUUAUGGAUAUUGUUAAGCAGCAAAGAGAUCGGUUUCGACGUGCCAAUGUCGACUUAGUAAAUCAGGUCAGUUCGAGUAACGAAAAGAUUGCUACUUUAGAGAGUAAACUUAGAGAAAUGGAGAAAAGCAAUGCACUGUUAUAUGAACAAAUGCGCUUCCGUGAACAGUAUCAAAACCAUUUGCAGCCGAGCCCUUCUCAAAUUGAAGCAGCUACUGCAUACGAAAAUAAUAUUUCUCCGUUCGCGUCUUUCAGAAAAAAGGAAGCCGAACGAGCUUUUUCAAGAAUGGGCUCAUUUGAGCGUGUGUUAUAUGUGCUUUUACGUACAAUUUUAUUGAAUAAUGGCACCAGAACUAUAUUUUUGACCUAUUUGAUAAUUUUGCACCUGUUUAUAUUGGUCGUUCUUUUCAAAUUAGGCGUGUCUGUCAACAGACUAUAUGCCUUACCAGAACCGACACUAAAACCCGAAUGAUGAUUUCUUAACGUCUUAAAUUUACAGCAACUUUUAUGGCUUAUACUUAAUCUGAAUUUCCAGUGUACACUAAUGAAUCAUUUGAAAAUAGCGCUAAAUAAGCCAAGUAAGACUUCAUUGAGUCAACUCGUGAUGUCCAAACUCGAAUCAGUCCUUGUAAAUCAAGAUCAGACAAAUUAUACGCAUGCCAUCAACUACAAAUCAGUUACAUUACACCUUUACAUAUACAAACGACUGAAGAAUACAAAAAACUCAAAACCAUGAAAAUAAUUUGAACUCUACAGAACUAAUGAAACUACAAUAACCGAAUCCAUUCGUUAAUCAAUAGCUCCGUUCCUUUU